GAUCGAUGGGAGGCGAUACGGCAAGUCGUCUCCUGCGAGGAUCGGAUUAAAGUCCCCUUGGAGGCAGCAGCCGACGCGAAGGGUCAGCAUGGCGGCAGGCGUGGCGGCGUGGCUCCCGUUCGCCCGCGCGGCGGCCAUCGGGUGGAUGCCGGUGGCCGGCGCCCCGAUGCCGGCGCCCCCGCGGGACAAGCGCAAAGGCCAGGACGGCCUGCUCCUGCUCAACGUGAGCGGCACCCGCUUCCAGACGUGGCGCACCACGCUGGAGCGCUACCCGGACACGCUGCUGGGCAGCAGCGAGAAGGACUUCUUCUUCCACGAGGAGAGCCGCGAGUACUUCUUCGACCGCGACCCGGACAUCUUCCGGCACAUCCUGAAUUUCUACCGCACGGGCAAGCUGCACUACCCGCGCCAGGAGUGCAUCUCGGCCUACGACGAGGAGCUGGCCUUCUUCGGCAUCAUCCCGGAGAUCAUCGGCGACUGCUGCUACGAGGAGUACAAGGACCGGCGGCGCGAGAACGCCGAGCGGCUGCAGGACGACGAGGAGAUGGACGGCGAGGGCGGCGGCGGGGGCGGGGGUGGCGACGGGCCGCCCGUCAAGCUGACGGCCCGGGAGUACCUGUGGCGCGCCUUCGAGAACCCGCACACCAGCACCCUGGCGCUGGUCUUCUACUACGUGACGGGCUUCUUCAUCGCCGUCUCGGUCAUGGCCAACGUGGUGGAGACGGUGCCCUGCGGCGCGCCGGCCGGCCGCGCCGACAAGGAGGAGGUGUCGUGCGGCGACCGCUACGCGCUGGCCUUCUUCUGCCUGGACACGGCCUGCGUCAUGAUCUUCACCGUCGAGUACCUGCUGCGCCUGGCGGCGGCGCCCAGCCGCUACAAGUUCGCCAAGAGCGUGAUGAGCGUCAUCGACGUGGUGGCCAUCAUGCCCUACUACAUCGGCCUGGUCAUGACCGACAACGACCAGGUGAGCGGCGCCUUCGUCACGCUGCGCGUCUUCCGCGUCUUCCGGAUUUUCAAGUUCUCCCGCCACUCGGCGGGCCUGCGCAUCCUGGGCUACACGCUGAAGAGCUGCGCCUCCGAGCUGGGCUUCCUGCUCUUCUCGCUCACCAUGGCCAUCAUCAUCUUCGCCACCGUCAUGUUCUACGCCGAGAAGGGCUCGGCCGCCAGCAAGUUCACCAGCAUCCCCGCCGCCUUCUGGUACACCAUCGUCACCAUGACCACGCUCGGGUACGGCGACAUGGUGCCCAAGACCAUCGUGGGGAAGGUGUUCGGCUCCAUCUGCUCGCUGAGCGGGGUGCUGGUCAUCGCCUUGCCCGUGCCCGUCAUCGUGUCCAACUUCAGCCGCAUCUACCACCAGAGCCAGAGGGCGGAGAAGCGACGAGCCCAGAGGGCCUCCAAGGAGGCCGGACAGGCCCUGGUGGGGAAGUCUGCCAGCCCCCCCUUCGAGAGCCAGCACCACCACCUGCUGCACUGCCUGGAGAAGACCACGAACCACGAGUUUGUGGACGAGCAGACGUUCCAGGCCAACUGCAUGGAGAUCUCGGUGAUCAAAAGGUCGGGCUCCCGCACGUCGUCGCCGUCGUCGUCGCCGUCGCCGCCGCGCGGCCUGGGCUCGUGCUGCUCGCGGCGCCACCGGAAGAAGAACGGCUUCGGCCUGCCGAGCGCCAACAACCAGGAGCUGAGCACCAUCCGGAUCCCCGAGAGGCCCGUGGCCAACAGCCGCUCCAGCCUGAACGCCAAAUUGGACGAGACGAUGCCCUUGAAAUGCGACGAGGCUUUCGGCGGCCCCCGCAUGGUCAGCCUGGCCGCCCCUCCGCCCACCUCGCCGGAGGGCGACGCCUCGUCCGCCGCCGCCCCGGCGUACUCUCGGAGCAACAUUGUGCGUGUCUCGGCCUUGUAGACGCCCCCCCCCCCCUACCCCCCCGUGUUUCAAGGAGACGACGGGACCAGCGAGCAUGAACCUGCCACCCGUCACCCCGGAGGAAUUUGUUCCCGAGUGGUGAUCUCAUCUGAUGUCAAACUCUCUCU